CCAACCUCAAAAAUAUUUUGUGCUUAGUUAAUGCGUUAAUUGUGUGAUAAAUGAUAUAUACGAUUAUAUUAUAUACAUGAUAUAAUUUUUAUAGAUCAUGAUAUAAAAAUAUGAAAAGAAUAAAACUUAAGCCUAGAAAUCCAAAUCCAUUGUUUGAAUUUUGGUUAGAAGAAUGGAGAAAAGAGGCUGCGUCGAGAAAUUCCGAUUUGCAAUAUCAUUUUUCGAAAGCACUCGCUGCAUUAAAAAAAUAUCCCUUGCCAUUAAAAUCUGGGAAGGAUUGUAUAAUAUUGCAACACUUCGGUACGAAAUUAUGUUCGAUGUUAGAUAGAAAACUCAGUGAAUAUAAAGCUCAAAAUAAUGAUUCAACAAGUGUGAAUGAUGUUUGUGAGCAUUGUAGUUGCAAUGAACAAUCUGUAUUUAAAAGGAAACACAGAUCACAACAAAUUAUUAUGGAUGCAGAUUUGGUACCUGAAGAAACAGAACUAGUUACAUUUGAUGACUUGAAUUUAUCAUCUUGGAAUGUAGAAAAUUAUGCUGCCUUAUUGAUAUUAUAUAAGAAGACACAAGAAUGUUAUUUAGGAUAUAUUGCUGAAGUAGACUUAUUGUCUGAAAUAAGACAGUUAUGUGGUGCGUAUCAUGCAACAAAAACUUCAAUUUUAAAUUUGUUUGAAAAUGGCUUAAUUUCCAUGAUAGGUGCACCAAUUAGGUAUAAUCUUACAGAGCUUGGUAUAAAUAUUUCAAAAAUAAUAUGUAAAAUUACAACUACUGAUAUAAAAACACUAAAUUCUUUUGAAGCAUUAAAUCAAAUUCAAAUAUCUUUAAAGACAUUCAUUACACAAAAAUCCAAAUUGAUAAAGGAUUCAACCAAUCUUAAUAAUACAUACGAGAACAUGCAAGUAUUUACACAAGGUGUUAAAGAAAUAGAAACUAAGAAUUUAAAUAAACCUUCAAAAAUAUAUAAAUCUAAAUCUGCAGAAAUUAUUACUAUUGAAAAUCAUAAGGAACAAGUUGAUAAGAAUUUUGUAAAACAAAAGACCAAGAAAAAUAAUAUCUGUACAAAAAUUGUGCAAGAAGAAAUGAAAAAUGUAAAAGAUAUAAAUCAUGUGCAUAACUUAGAAAAUAAUGAAGUAGAUUUUAUAAAUGAUAUUCAGAAGAAUAUUUAUUUAGAAUCAAGCAACUUUGAUGUAAUAUUAUUAGUAGAUACGCAAGAAACUGCUGGUGGUAGGACAAAACCUCAACAUGAUGCUACUAUCAUGGAACUAACAAAACUUGGUGUAUUAUUUGAAAUACGUCACUUAAAAGUUGGUGAUUUUGCAUGGAUUGCUAGAUGUAGAAAAAAUAAAAAUAAUGAAUUAAUUCUACCUUAUAUAGUAGAAAGGAAACGAAUAGAUGAUUUAAGUGCAAGUAUUACAGAUGGGAGAUUUCAUGAACAAAAGUUCAGAUUGAAGCAAUCUGGAAUUACAAAUCUUAUAUAUAUCAUUGAAGAAUAUGAAAAGGGUCAAAGAUUGACCAUACCACAUUUGUCAUUGAUGCAGGCUUCUAUCAAUACUUUGAUACAAGACGGUUUUUCUGUUAAAUAUACUAAGAAUCAUAAAGAUUCCAUAUUUUAUUUAUCAUCAAUAACUAGAAUUUUGAUAAGAACUUUCAAAGAAAAAAAUUUGAUAGGUUGCAAAAAAGAAGUUGUCACACAAACAAAUAUUUCAAAUAAUACUUGUAAUUUUAUGGUAUUUGAAGAAUUUAAUAAAGCAGCAUCUAAACAGAAGGUAUUUAAAGUAAAUGAAAUGUUUGUUCGCCAAUUAUUACAAUUAAAAGGGAUGUCCAUAGAUAAAGCUUUAGCAAUUGUAGAACAUUAUUCAACCCCGCAAUUAUUAAUCGAAGCUUUCCGGGAGUCUAGUUGCAAUGGUGAAUUAUUGUUAGCAAAUAUUGAAUUUGGUGAUAAGAAACGUCUUAUAGGACCAACAAUUAGUAAAACAAUUUAUCAAUUGUACAUGAAAAAAGAUCUAAAUUGAUCUAACUGAUCUAAAAUUUUAUAUAUACGAAG